AUGGCGACUUCUCUCUCCGUCUCCAGACUCCUCUCCUCCGCUUCCUCAGCCACCGCAAUCUCCGUCGCGAAGCCGUUACUUUCCCCCACCGUCUCUUUCACCGCGCCAAUCUCCUUCACGCGCACUCUCUCCCCGAAUCUCUGUCUCAAAUUCCGUAACCGCCGCCGAUCCAACCCAACCUCCGUCUCUUCCACCACCAGAUCCUUCUCAACAACCGUCUCCGCCGCUAUCUCCGUCGGAGAUAAACUCCCUGAGUCAACUCUCUCUUACCUCGAUCCAACCACCGGAGAUGUCAAAACCGUCACCGUCUCAUCCCUAACCGCCGGUAAGAAAUCGAUCCUCUUCGCCGUUCCCGGAGCAUUCACACCGACCUGCUCGCAAAAGCACGUCCCUGGAUUCGUAUCCAAAGCAGGAGAGCUCAGAUCUAAAGGCAUCGAUGUAAUCGCUUGUAUCUCCGUCAACGACGCGUUCGUGAUGGAAGCGUGGAGGAAAGAUCUGGGAAUCAACGACGAGGUGAUGCUUCUCUCCGAUGGUAACGGUGAGUUUACUGGGAAACUUGGUGUUGAAUUGGAUUUGAGGGAUAAACCUGUGGGACUUGGAGUUAGGUCAAGGAGAUAUGCGAUUUUAGCGGAAGAUGGUGUUGUGAAGGUUCUGAAUCUUGAAGAAGGUGGAGCUUUCACUAACAGUAGUGCUGAAGAUAUGCUUAAAGCUCUGUGA